AGCAUUGAGUUCUGUUUUACCACUGUAAAAAUACUUUCAAGGUUAUUUCCAGUAAUUUAUUAUAUAGUAACGAUUCUAGUAUUUCGUUUGUAUCUUUGUAUUUUAUUUGAAUUUGAUGCUGUUGUUUCGGUGGUUGCUAUAACGACUAAACACCAUGACAACGUGGAUGAUAGGAGACCGACGGCGGAGGGGAAGAGUAUCGGCAGCAAUCUGACGGCUUCGGAGAGGCACAAAAGGUUGCUUCCGUACAUGACGUUCUACUUGGCGCAGGACUUCAAUCAGCCGCAGAGCGAAAUAAGUUACAACCGCAAUCCUUACCAGGCGUCGCCGUCGACGUUUCAGCAGUUCCACAAUAAAUACAACGAAUUAACGAACUAUCAGAAGCAGAGGCCGCAGAGUAUCAAAUUAACGCCGUUCCUCGAGAGCAACGCUCUGCCGGGCCCUUUUAUCCCGAUGCAACCGACGGAGGUGACUUAUACCCCAGUUAGCCAACAUCAGCAACAACAGUAUCAAUCCGCCAAACUUCCUAAUUACAGCGCGAUAUAUGACAAACUAUCUCAAUUAAAACUGCAACAAGAGCAGCAGAACCAAUUAGCUGAAUCGUACAAUAGGUACAAUCAGCAGUACGCGAGGAAGCCGCAACAAGUAAACUACAUCCCGGUGAGACAGUACGUGCAAGAGAAACCGAUAAUCCGCACGUACACGACGACGAACAUCGAUAUUCCGGAGAGCUACCACGUUCCAAUCAAAGUCUACAAGAACGAGAUCAAACCCAGCUACUAUCUGAACUCUGCACCGCACCUGGACCACGCACCGCCGAGCACCGAAGAGGAACACAAGCAAUAUCUAGAGGACCAACAGUACAGCAAGGACAUCAGGAAGCAGGCGAUCAAGCCGGUCCUGGUUCUUCAGCAGAAGCCUCAGAAGACGUGGAAACCGGCCUACUAUCAAAUCCAACCGGAAAAAUACGAAACUCUGACAUACCAGCAAAUACCCGAAUACGUCGAAGCCUCUCCACCGCAUCACGCUUACAUCACAGUCACACCGAAACACGUAGAUGAAUCGCAAAUAAGCAAAUACACCCAGGCAAUGAAACCCAACUACAUUCGUCCCAUCACCACAACCACCACGAACCCAAAUUCCAUUACGGAAAACACGAACUCGCUCAGUUUGAUCCUGAAACGUUUGCAAGAUAUGAACGCUCUUCCGGAAACACUCACCCCGGACAACAUCGAUAACAGCAUCAAAACUCUGGUCAAGAUCCUGAGCACCUUCAAGAAGCAGCAGAAAUUCGUGCAACCGAUAGUCGUGGCAGAAGAAUCCGCAGAGUACGAGGACGAUAACGAAGCCGGCGUUGGACUGGGCGGUGGACACGAAACACCUGAAGCCGUCACCGAAUCUUAUCCAGAGAACACGCCGGAAGGUGGAACUCCAGGAAAACCGGGCGUCGAUUAUCCCGCACUAGCAACCAUCCCACAAACCGACUUCAACUGCAAAACGCAGAGAUACAAAGGCUUCUUCGGAGACCCAGACACCAAUUGCCAAGUCUGGCAUUAUUGCGAUUUGAACGGCGGUCAAGCGUCGUUCCUGUGCCCCAACGGCACCAUCUUCAGUCAAGUGGCUUUGACGUGCGAUUGGUGGUACAACGUGAAAUGCUCCAACACGGCGCAACUCUACGUCCUCAACGAGAGACUCUACAAAUACAUCUUACCGUUGUCGCCCAAAUUCCCCGAAGAUUACAGCGGUCCACUGGUCGAUAGAUAUUUGGCGUUGAAAUUCAAAGAGAUGGAAGAGAAAAUGAAGAAGGAGCGCAAGCAGAACAAAGAGAACUCUUCCGACGAGGAUUCCAAUGAGGAUGACGCAAGCGAUGAAUCUACCACCAGCAAAGAGGAAACGAAAGAGACGGAUGCGAAAGUAACAACCACGGAGACUUUAAAUGCUUAAGUUUAAACGUUAAUUAUUUUGUUAUUAUUUAUUUAUUUUUAACGUGAUAUAUAUCUAUAUAUAAACGCUUCCGUACGCGUUGCUCUUGCCAAAAGAAAAAAAUGCGCGAACGCAGAGGAAGACGUAAGGCUAGACAUUUUAGGCAAAAUUAUCAAAAGAAUGCCAUAAUGUAGAGAGGUCUGGCAUUAGUAUGCCUGUUCACUUAUAAAGACUUUUUUCUUCUUUCUUCAUAUAUAUUUGAGUUAUUUUUUUUUAUUUAUUCUCUAGUCAAUCUGCAACCAUUUGAAUAUAGCUUUGAAAAUUUCGCAAAGUUCUCUCAUUCAUAAAGAGAAACGGCCCCAAAAAUUAU